UUUGGCUCGUGACGUAUCGGCAGAUCAGCAGACUUCGGCUCAGCUCGGAGAAUCAGCACCAGACUUUAUGGUGGAGAGCCGUUUAAUAAUUUCACCGUUUUCUGGGGACCGGCUGUAUGAUUAAGCUACAAUCUUCAAUGAGUAAGCAUAUCCCAUUCUGUGGUGUUCUGGGUCACACAUUUAUGGAGUUUCUGAAGGGCAGUGGAGAUUACUGCCAGGCUCAGCACGCUGCCUAUGCAGACGAGUGAAUCGCCAAACUCGCCAUCGAUCCGACGCACUUGAGCCACAGGAGGGACCCCGGAAAGUUGGCAGGACCGGGACGCCUCCCAGAACCAGCGACAACUCGGCCUGGAUGGGGUAACUCCACCUGCUGCACACUGCCCUCAUCGGCUUCCACCUGGCCAGAAUCAAGGUGGAACCAGCUUUUUUUUUCCUUCUUUUUUUUUUUAACUUCAUUUUCUCCUGUUUAGUUCCAGCAGAGAGGGCUUCAAGUUAUUUUCUAAGAUCUCGCCCUCUUUCAGCUGCCGCCCUUGACGUGCCCUUCGUUCUGUUUUUAUUCUUUAGAUUAAUUUAUUUUUCUUAUUUUCUAAGCCUUGCCAACCUCAUCGGAGAUCGGAGGAUUUUUUUUGUGUUGUUUCUGGGUUUGUUGAAGCUCAGAGGACAUUUGUGUUUGACAUUCCCUCCAAGUUACACUGUUUACACUGGUGUUUUUAGUCUGUGGAAAACAGUUGGAUUUUUUUCACGCUGUUACAAUGGCUCGAAUGAACAGACCAGCACCUGUUGAGAUCACCUACAAAAACAUGAGGUUCCUCAUUACCCACAAUCCCACCAACGCCACCCUGAGCAAGUUCAUCGAGGAGCUGAAGAAAUAUGGAGUCACCACGGUGGUGAGAGUCUGCGAGGCCACGUAUGAUGCCACCCUGGUGGUGAAGGAGGGAAUCCAGGUUCUGGAUUGGCCGUUUGACGACGGAGCUCCUCCCUCCAACCAGAUUGUGGAUGAUUGGCUGAACCUGCUGAAGCUGAAGUUCAGGGAGGAGCCCGGCUGCUGCAUCGCUGUGCACUGCGUGGCAGGACUGGGGAGAGCUCCUGUUCUGGUGGCGCUGGCUUUGAUCGAGUGUGGAAUGAAAUAUGAAGAUGCUGUCCAGUUCAUUCGACAGAAGCGUCGAGGAGCGUUCAACAGCAAACAGCUGUUCUACCUGGAGAAAUAUCGUCCAAAGAUGCGCCUGCGCUUCAAAGAUUCCAACGGCCAUCGCAAUAACUGCUGCAUCCAGUAGAGCCAAACCCUGAGCCAUGCCAGACCCCCCAACCCACCACCACCCACAGCAGAAGAGCUCGGUUCCGUCUCGCUAGCUUGUUGCCUGGCAGGCUUGUUUGUUUGUUUGUUUGUUCAUUUUGUUGAAAGAUUUUGCUUUAGAAAACCAUGCUCGGUUACCCACCUGUCCUCUCCCUCCCCAGGCUCAAAUUCAAACGUCUAAAAGAAAGAAAGUUGUGUGAACCAUGUUUUUACUCUGGAGGCGCCCAGAGAAGGGAGAGAAGAAGAAGGCCCUGAUAGGAAGGGCCAGGCUGAGUCGUGUAUCAUUGUAAGAUGUUGGGUUAACUGUUGUCUGCAUCCCAAAGAUCCUGAUUGGCCGCUGCAUUUAUAUUCAAGAUAAGUCUUAGGAAAAAAAUGUAAACUAUUCAAGCAGUUGUUCAUACCCUGUCUAAUUUUAGGGUUCAGUUCCAAGCGUGACUAGAAAGAGGUUUGCCUUCCUCCGCAUCAGAUGGAUCAUCCAUAAAUGCCUUACAAUGGAAGUGGAACAAAGGCAGUCGAAGCAGGAGCUCGACUCCCUCUGGCAUCUGGAAACGGUCUUUCAUUUUUCUACUCGGAACAAAAACAACCGUUGCCUUUGUCUCGUGCAGGAAGUCUUACACACUUACGCCCUUUCAGUAACUAUUUUUACUAUAAAUUGCUUAACUGUUGCAAUAUUUGUCAAUUGAAAGUCUGGGAACGCUUACUUUCCUUUCUUUGAAACAAAUCUUUUGUUUACUAAUUAACUGCCAUGUCCAAAAUGUGAUCUUUAGUCCGUUUGUUUUUUCCAAUUUUUAUUUUAUUUCCUUUUUUUUUUUUUUUUUUGCUUCAAACUGGACUUCCAACGUCUGCGAUAUUUUGUAUGCCUUUUUAUUUUAUGUCCGUAACUUAAGACUUGGAUACUUGAUGAUUUUAUGUAUAUGAAAAUGUGUACUAUUAUUAUUAGGUUGGCUAUUUAUACUAUCGAUGGAUGUGUGAUUUAGUAAAGUGAGCGACAAAGUUGUAGCUGUUCACCAACUUGUGAGAGUACAUUAAAUGAUACACUGAAAGA